AUGGGUGGUAGCUCAAGCAUCAACACCCCUGUUGAACCUAGGAAAAAUUCGACAGCGCUCAGGGAGCCAGUAAGUGAAGCCAAAAAGAAAAUACAAAAGCAGGAGCAAUCAACCAAUGAUCUACGACGUCAAGAAAUGCAAGCAGAACAAAAACAACAAAAAUUAGAAAAGCCGUUAAACUGGCCACUACCAAAAAGAGAAAAAGAGAAAGACUUCGUCGUAAAUAGUCUUCCAAUGAAUAAACGUUAUACAGUAUCUGAAAAUCAGUAUAAUUACAAUGAAGCGAUAGUUCAACGUUCCAUAAAAGCUACGACAGUUAAUUUCCGGCCUACACAAAAGACGAUGACAAAAACAACGGACGAUGGCGAUUCAAAUGUCCAUGAGUCGGCGCGUGCUCAGUUAAUAAUGCAGGCUAAAACUGAUCUAUGGGCUGGAAUAUCAUCUUCAGCCGAAAUGCAAAAUCUACUAGCCUCGCUGAACGUUACUCAUAUGGAGUCAAGUGAAAUCAUUCAGCAGCGGUUGCAUGGAUUAUCGAGAGAAGCCGAACGAGUAAUGGGAUUGAUUAUCAACGAUACGAUUGAUGAACAAAAUCGAUUAUUGGAGUACGCACAAGAAAUACAGGCAAGACAAGAAGAGUUGCAUCGCGAAUGGUUACAGAAAUAUCUCCUAGAACUAGAUCGAUGGCGAUCUCACGAGCUAGAGCAAUUACACGAGAAAAUAGAUGGCUACAAAGAAACUAUAAAUUUAGUUGCUUAUAAAAAACUUGCCUUCGUCAAUCAACAAGUGAAAUCAGCUAAAUCAUAUAUUUUUCAAGAUGAAUACAAUAGACAAACGGAAAAAGCAGAUCGAAUCGUCUCAGAUAUGGAGAAACUUUCGCGACAACAUGAUAUGCAACAAUUCGGAACAGAAGCCAAAACAGAUAUCCAUCUGAAAAUACAAGGCAACGGUGGUAACAAACCAAUGAAUGAAAAAGCACCAUUCUACGAUCCAUUUGUACUCAAACGAGAAUAUGUAAACCAACGAAUGCUUACCGAUCAGUAA